GAGCUUUCCUCCAGCUACGUAGAGAGAAACAACGUCUCGCGGCGACGAUGGACGAACACAUUCCAACUCUCCUGUCAUCACAUGCCGCACAACUCUCUGGUGAUAUAUUUACUGUGCUAACGAAGGGACGUCUAAAGCCCUCCGAUUUAGGAUACAAGGAAGCUCAUGAUAUCGCCGUCAGACUUCAUCUGAUCAACACCUAUCUUGACUCUCUUCCGCCCUACUGGAUAGAACUUGAUGUUGAACAACUCUGCCAUAUAGUUCUUCGAGACCUACAAGCUAUUACUCAGCCAGCAAGAGGGUCGACAAGCUCAUCUUUCCAUCUAAACUUAUCAUUUUUUAAAUCUUCAUUUAACCAGAAGAGUCAUUUAAAUCCAGAGACAUGUCUUAUUACUUUCUUCAAGACACGAAUAGAAAAUGCCAGAAAUUUCAAAGCCUCUUGCGAUAAUCUCCUUGGUAGGUUGGCCAAGGAAGAUCGUGAUGCGGACGAAUUACCCGAGUCCGCGCUCCAGCAGGUCGACAUUCCAUCCAAGUCUGAUGACCACAAUGAUGGGGUUUUUAAGGCUCUCCAACACAUUACCCAAUGCGAACCAGCGUCUCACCAAGUUAAUAGUACGACAGCUUCUAUCGAAAUAGAUCCACAAACAAUACGGCACCCAGCACGGCUAUGUCUACACGAGCUUCCAGACAGCCUAGAUUCGGCUUCACGCUGCAUUUUGGUCCUCGUUUCGGCCAUAAACAUGACUCUUUGGCAAGAGUUUUGCUUAAACAUUCAACCAGAGAUCCCCGCAGACGCUAAUCAGAAGCUUCUCAGUCAAGGAGGCUUCUGCCGCAUUCUAGAAAGGGAGAUCACUGCCCGCCUGUUUCUCUCUUUUAACUUUGACAAGAGCCUUUCAUUGCUUAAUAAAACGCAAGUUUUAAAGCAGAUCCUUCAGGCUGGGCCUGGUGAAUCCCUUAAAAAUGUUCUGCGCCACUACGAUCUUACACCGAAAGAUAAAGUGAUGCUUUCGUAUGCCAUAGCACGAUCAUACUGGCAGUACUAUGAUUCAGAAUUGAUGCGGACAAAGUGGACGAGCGACACAAUCUGGUUCAUGUCUGAGAGGGAGAGCAGAGAACACAACGGCCAGCUACCUCUCUGUGCCUAUUUGUCGUUCCCUUUUGGUAUCUCCGGUGACAUUACGCCAGAUGUCAUAUAUGAGGACCUACUAAAUCAUCGAUGCCCAAGAAUCUUUGAUAUCGGGGUAUUGCUGCUAGAAAUCGGUCUAGCUAAGCCUUUCCGGAGUGGCAAUCGUCGAGAUAUAGUCGCACAGGCGAACCUCAACCACAAGAUAGCGACUGACGAGCUUGUUGAAUUAGAAAAAAGAGAAUGGGAUGGCUUCACAAAUAAAAAGUAUUUUGACCGGGCUGUGAAGUUCUGUCUCAAUAGCGAGAACUUUACCCCUCUAUCAAGGCAACUGAAACCGAUUCGGGGGUUCAGACCAUCCACUGAGCCGAUGGCGCCUUCAGACUCACGUGCAGGCAUCCUUAUGCGAAGGACGAUCUUUCAUAAGAAUGUUGUUCGCCCACUUGCAUGGCUAGCAAAAAGGGGCUUCAAAGCACAAGCCGGGGACAUUGCAUACGUCGACAAAAAACCAGACCUCUCGCUACAAAAAGAGUUAUCUAACGCACAAAUACAACAGGAGUCAGAAGUAUUAUUCCACAGCUCCAUUGUUUCCAAGGCGUGGCUAAAUGACCUAAAGAAAAUAAGUGAGCUGGUUGAACGCAAACGACGUCAGUUUGCGGUCACCAAUCCGGUUCGAAUUGCCAUCCUAGACACUGGCCUUAAUAAAGACUUCCUCACCUUUAAGACGAAGAGUGGACUGCUUAAAGGUAUUGUAGAUGAAGAAGACUUCGUUGAUCCCUGCGCACAAACAAUAACGGAUACUUUUGGCCAUGGAACUUUCAUGGCAAGGCUUAUCAUGGAGUGUGCUCCUGGCGCAGAUAUUCUAGUGGCACGAGUGGCCGAAAAUACAAAAGAGCUAGAAAACAGUAGGGAGAAUAUCAAGAAGGCCAUUCUUUGGGCCGGUCGGACUGGCAAAGCUGAUAUUAUCUCCAUGUCCUUUGGUUUCCCGUAUGAUGAUCAAGCCAUAAGAGAGGCCAUCGAAAUGGUGCAGAAGGAGCGCCAGGAAGAAAUCAUCUUCCUGGCUAGCGCUGGGAACUCGUCCAUAGAUGACGAGAGCUUCCCAGCUCGCCAUUCUGCAGUUAUAUCAGUCUACGCAACAAACUGCCACGGGGCUUUCCUGCAAUCAAACUCAGCAAGCAUUAGUAACGGCGCCGCUGUUCUCGGUACGUAUGGCGACGACUUACCGGAAUUUAUCAGAGAAGAGUUCAGCACUACAUACCCAGAGGUGUGCCAACCUGGCUCCUCAGUCGCCACGGCGAUAAUGGCGGGCAUCAGCGCCACUAUGCUUGCUUAUACCACUGUCCUGCCUUCGAUAGUACCUUUUCAAGGAAUACUGGCAAGCACAUGCAGCAAUGUCCUUCAGCGUCUUAGGACUACUAAAGGUAUGGAAGAGGUGCUUUGUCGGCUAGUACGGCAAGAUCUGGACCACCAGCGGCUCAAGGCUGUGAAUCCGAGGUGGUUCUGGAAAAGCAGGCCAACUGACGUCGACCGAUACAUAGCCAUUUGUGAUACUUUGAGGAAUCUCGAUGGUAGAUUUCCGAGGGGUUCAAGGGCAGGCUAGCUCCUAGUCUACCAGAAUGGCUUUGAUACCAUUAGAUGGCCUUCUUAUUUUGAUGUAUUUCAUCCACCGGGGUACAUUUUAUCUCCUAUAGGUAGAU